GCCGAAGUCGGGGGUCGGCUGGUACGGGACGGCUCUGCCUGCAGGGAGCCGCCACCCCGUGCUGCGGAGGCCCCGGGCCACCGCCCACGGUGCCAGUUCGCAGAGCCGUCCGUCGGGGGAGCGGGGCUCCUGGCCGGUCGGCAUGGGGGCCUUCCCGGACUUGCCCGUGCCGCCGCCCCUGGUGGUGAAUCUGAUCGGCUCGCUGCUGGGCUUCGUGGCCACCGUCACCCUCAUCCCCGCCUUCCGCGAGCACUUCAUCGCCGCGCGCCUCUGCGGCCGGGACCUCAACAAACCCAUCCGGCGGGAAAUCCCGGAGUCCCAGGGAGUGAUCAGCGGCGCUGUUUUCCUUAUCAUCCUCUUCUGCUUCAUCCCUUUCCCCUUCCUGAACUGCUUUGUGGAGGAGCAGUGUAAGGCAUUUCCCCACCAUGAAUUUGUGGCCCUGAUAGGUGCCCUGCUUGCCAUCUGCUGCAUGAUCUUCCUGGGCUUCGCCGACGAUGUAUUGAAUCUGCGCUGGCGCCACAAGCUGCUGCUUCCCACAGCGGCCUCACUACCUCUCCUCAUGGUCUACUUCACCAACUUUGGCAACACGACCAUUGUGGUACCUAAGCCUUUGCGUCCACUUCUUGGCCUGCAUCUGGACUUGGGGAUCCUGUACUAUGUCUACAUGGGGCUGCUUGCAGUGUUCUGUACGAAUGCCAUCAAUAUCUUAGCAGGAAUUAAUGGCCUAGAGGCUGGUCAGUCACUGGUCAUCUCUGCUUCUAUCAUUAUCUUCAACCUGGUGGAGCUAGAAGGUGAUUAUGGAGAUGAUCAUGUCUUUUCUCUCUACUUCAUGAUACCCUUUUUUUUCACCACUUUGGGAUUGCUGUACCAUAACUGGUACCCAUCACGGGUGUUUGUGGGAGAUACCUUCUGUUACUUUGCCGGCAUGACCUUUGCCGUGGUGGGCAUCCUGGGACACUUCAGCAAGACCAUGCUACUCUUCUUCAUACCACAGGUGUUCAACUUCCUCUACUCACUGCCUCAACUCCUGCGCAUCAUUCCCUGCCCUCGCCACCGUAUGCCCAGACUCAAUACCGAGACAGGCAAACUGGAGAUGAGCUAUUCCAAGUUCAAGACCAAGAGCCUCUCAUUCUUGGGCACCUUUGUGUUAAAGGUAGCAGAGAAUCUCCAGCUUGUGACUGUGCGCCAUGGUGAAGACAAGGAUGGUGCCUUCACUGAAUGUAACAACAUGACUCUUAUCAACUUGCUAAUUAAAGUCUUUGGGCCCAUCCAUGAGAGAAACCUCACAUUGCUGCUAUUGCUGCUUCAGAUCCUGGGCAGUGCUGUCACCUUCUCCAUUCGAUACCAACUUGUCCGACUCUUCUAUGAUGUCUGAGUUCCCCUUUACCUCACGAGUCUCCAGGGGGUCUGACAUAGGCCAACCUUUGUGUGGUCUAAGACUGAUGGCUCCUGGCCCAGGUCUCUUCCAAUCUUCACUUUCCUUGAGAUUUUGCUCUCAGCAUUGACAUCCUGGACCUUUCUGGCCUUUUCAUGAUGAUUGGAUUUUGCCUGUGGCUUUCCUCAUCUCGCCACGCUCUUUCCAUUCCAUCUUUGCAGGCUCCUAAGGUGGGACACAGCAGCUUUUAUGUGGAUAUUCCUAACUCAGCUCCCAAAUUUGACUUGAGGUAUAUGCUGGGCCUUGACAUAAAACCUAGACUAGAACUAGGACCAUAGACAACUUUAUAUUUGACUAUAAAUUAUGUGUUCUGAUUAGAGCAGAUACAGAGCCCAGUGCUCCCAAAAGUGAUAAUAAAAGUAUUGCCUUUUUCUUGUUCCUA